UUCUGUUAGUGUGGUGUAUCAGUGUAAAGUAACUUAUUUAAUUCAAUAUUGUUGAGGUUCGUACUAAAAAGGAUUUCAGCCAGAUAAAGUAACUAACGGCUCCGUAUGUAUAAGCAGCGAAGCAGGUAAACAUAGGCGCAAAAAUGACGGAUGAGUCGAUUUGUUUCAUGUGUGCGAGGUGCAAGCAAGUAAUCAAGCUUGACCGAUCCUUUGAUUCGAUCGACAAACAAACAUUGCAGGAACUGACUUCUUCCUCACGCACAUCCACCCCAAGUGAGGAGACGGUCGCUAAAAUUGAUGACGAAUCACAGCAACAACUACAAGCAUCAAGUUCUUCUGAUGAAAAUCCUCCACAAGAGCAAGAAGUUUCAUCAUCUGGUAGCGACAAUCCAAACGAAGUAGAAGAUUCAAUCUACAGUCAGAAUGCAGCUUCAUCUGGUAAUGAGGUUCAUGAGAGCACCAACAGCUUCACUUUCAUUGGUGACACGUCCAUGGAAAACUUAAGCCACAAAAUGAAGGUGAUAGUUCGUUUGUUUGACCUCAUGUCCGAUAACUCUGACUUGGAGCAUCCAUUGUGUGAGGAAUGCACAGAAGCUUUGUUGGGCGAGCUGAAUAAAGAACUUAAAUCAACUGAAACAGAAGCUACACUUUACAAGAACUAUCUAAGUGUAUUGGAAGAAGAUAAAUGCGAUCAUGAGUUGGUGGCCAAACUUACACAAGAUCUUGAUAACCUUAAAGUUGAAGAAAAUGAAAUAUUGGCUCAAUUAAGUGAAACUGAAAAAGAGAGAGAAGUUGUGAAAAAAGAACUUGAAGAGACUCAGAAACAACAGGAAGCUUUACAGAGAGAGGAAGAAAAACAUCUUCAAGAAUAUUCUGAGCUUCGUGUUCAACAGAUUGAGUUGGAAGAAGAACAAUGUAGCGCGGACCUUCAGUUGAUGCAUACUGAUCAACAUUUAACAAAACUGAGGAAAACCAAUGUGUUCAAUUCCACAUUCCAUAUUUGGCAUCAAGGCCACUUUGGAACGAUCAAUGGUUUCCGUCUCGGACGUUUACCCGGUGUGCAUGUGGAGUGGACGGAGAUAAACGCUGCAUGGGGUCAAGUAGUGUUGCUACUUUCAUCACUGGCUAAGAAGAUGGGGUUGAAGAUGAAACGUUACAAACUUGUUCCCUUUGGAAAUCAUUCUUAUAUUGAAUCCCUGGAUGAUAAGGCAAAGGAUCUUCCUUUGUAUGGGUCUGGUGGUUUAAGGUUCUUAUGGGACACCAAGUUUGACCAAGCCAUGGUUGCUUUCCUGGAUUGUUUGCAGCAGUUUAAAGAAGCUGUAGAAGGCAACAGUGGAUUUUCUCUCCCAUACAGAAUGGAGAAAGGUAAGAUAGAAGACACAGGUGGUUCAGGGGCUUCUUACUCGAUCAAGAUGCAGUUUAACUCCGAGGAACAAUGGACUAAAGCUUUGAAGUUUAUGCUUACAAACCUUAAGUGGGGUUUGGCUUGGGUUUCGUCCCAGUUUACCCCAAGUUAAUUGGCUUGUUUAUGGAAUACACUUGUUAUUUACUUAUGUUAUUUAUCUGUUAUACGUGACUGAAGUCCUACAACGUAACACGUCAUUGGGGGAAACAAUUUUGGCCAAUUACCUCAAAAUUUGCAUGUCACUAUUUAUUGGUCAGUAUUUACUGGAUUUUUAUGGCUCCAUGGUCAUUGCUUCUAAGUGAUAAUUAGGAUAUAUUUGUCGAAUAUAUUAAUUUUACAAGUAUUCACCCCGUCUCUGAGUAAAUGUGUUGUCUAUAUGUGCAAUACCGGGAAAUAUAACCACACAUAAUAAU